UGCUGUGGAAGGAGAGGAGAGAGUUUUCACUGCAAAGCAGAAAAGUUUUCAGAAAGCUGCAGGGAGAGAGUCAGAGACAGACACCUGCCCCACAGGCUCCAGACGGCAGCCCUGGGGUGACUAACAAGCUGAUGGGGACUGGAGACCUGGGCUGUGACCUGUGAUAUAAUCUCCCUGGCACAGGAGAAGUUUGGAGAUAUGAUACAAAGUUUCCUGCAGAGUUAGUUCCCUGCACUGAGAUUACUGGCAGCACAUCUGAUGCAAUAACAAUGGCAGAAAAAGUGUCAACAGUUUGUGCCCUCCUGUUUCUGGUAUCAUGUGUGGAGCCUCGUGGAUAUAAUUCCAAGCCAACGUGGCCCACCUAUAAGGUUCCGGUCAUUCUUCCCCAGUAUACGACUGGUUUGGACAAAGCCCAUUUUGAUGCUGCUACAAGGCUGGAUGUGCCAAGUUCCUGUGGGCCAGAAUGCCACAAGCAUCACCCAAUGCCUACCUAUGAGGAUCUAAAGGACAACAUGGCUUAUGAAACUUUGUAUUCCAACGGAAGCCGCACCUUGACCGAAGUCGGGAUUUAUGUGUUUGCCAACAAGGCGGGUUCUGAAAACAGUGGCGGCAAGUCCCGUCAUAAAAGGCAGAUCUACGGAUUUGACAAUCGGUUUAGUAUACACGGAAAGAACUUCUUAAACAAUUAUCCUUUUUCAACAUCUGUCAAAUUAUCCACGGGCUGCACAGGCACGUUGGUUGCAGAGAAACAUGUCCUCACUGCGGCCCACUGCAUCCAUGAUGGUAAGAGCUACGUGAAAGGAGCUCAGAAGCUGAGAGUGGGGUUCUUAAAAUCCAAGAUCAAAGAUGGAGGUAAAAGUCUCAACCAAACACAUUCCGGAAACAAAGAUAAAAUGAAAUUUCAGUGGAUCCGGGUGAAAAGAACACACGUGCCAAAAGGUUGGAUAAAAGGCAACGCCAAUGACAUUGGGAUGGAUUACGACUAUGCUUUGUUAGAACUCAAAAAAACCCACAAAAGAAAAUUCAUGAUGAUUGGCGUAAGCCCCACUGGCCACCAGCUGCCCGGUGGAAAAAUUCAUUUCUCUGGCUUUGACAACGAUAGACCUGGUGACCUAGUAUACCGGUUCUGUGAUGUCAAGGACGAAACAUAUGACCUUCUGUACCAGCAGUGCGAUGCCCAGCCUGGCGCCAGUGGCUCCGGGGUUUACAUCAGGAUGUGGAGGAGGGAUAAACAGAAAUGGGAGCGGAAGAUUAUUGGGAUAUUUUCAGGUCACCAGUGGGUGGACAAAAAUGGCGACAAGCAGGAUUUUAAUGUAGCAGUGCGCAUAACGCCCCUUAAAUAUGCACAGAUCUGCUUCUGGAUAAAAGGAAACUAUAUCGACUGCCGGGAUGGAUAAUAUCGCCCUACUGACCAACAGAAAAGAAAAUAAACAAUAAAAAAAACACUUGACAGUCUUAUCGCUUCAUUACUAAGCCAAAAAGUGUGGAUGAUAACUGCGAAACCAAUGCACCAAUGUGUUCCAAAUGCCGUUAUCACGAGAGAGGAGAAUCAGUUGACAUUGAACUAUAAUGAGACCCUCCACUAUUCUUUACUUCUCAACACUGAUUUGUCAAUCGAUUAUACAGGACGACUGUUGAUGGAAAGCGUUAAUAUAUUUUGCCGUUAUUUUUGAUAUUUGGGUUGUCCUCUUCCCAAUGGAUUAUAAGUAUAAUUGCUGCACACUUGUCACACAAAGUCAGAUAUUGAUUUGUGUCUCUUAGAGAAUCGGGCCGUGCGCAAGUGAAAAGUGGGUUGACCGCUCCUGACUGCUACGUAAUAUAUAUUCAGCACUUUCCUGCUCGGUAAUGGGACUGUAAAUGUGUCUCUCUUUGAAAUGACUGAUUUUUAUUUUUAUUACUGCUGUAAAAUUCUUUUUAUUAUUCAUUUUCUUCUGAGGUGUCAAAGUAGCGUUUAAUCUCAGGAUGUACAGAAUCUGAAGCUUAAGUUCUUGCAUGCAGUGUUAGAUAUCUCUUUGAUGAAUUAAUUUAGUGGAGUAUUUUUUUUCCCACCCAUUCUUCCGUCUCUGUUCAGGAUCGUGAAGGGAUGAAGUUAUGUUUGUGACUUGAUGGCGCCUUGAAAAGUAGUUUUCAGGCCAUCCCAUUCCUCAGGCCAUCAGAUUGAGAGAUUUUUUAUUAAGAAACCACUUUACUAAAUCUCAGGUUCAAACAACAGGGGUCUUACCUUGGAAUCCACACCACUCACUAUUCUAGCAUGCAGCAAGGUCUCUGGGCUCACAAAUAGCCAGGACCCCCAUCAAAAACAUCCCUUAGACUCUGUUAAACUGUCACUACAGCAAGAGUGAUCCACACAUUAGCCCAGGGGGUGUUGUAUCAAACUUUGUAAACGGGUCAGAUCUACCCUGUUAUAGAGGUACCCGACCAGGCAGAUUUCCAGCUAUGGACUGUAUUCAGUUCAAGUCGGAAGUUCCGACAGGGUGUAAAGCCGGCACUUUCCGCCGAUGAUCGGAACUUUCCGACACUUCAAAAUUCAAUUGAAGUACUGGUUUUCCGCCCUGUCAGAAAUUCCGACAAGUCGAAAAACACACGGAUGAGCGGAAUCUCUGCUCAUCCAUGUGUUUUCAACACCGGCGCUGUCGAAAACAGGCCAUUUUUGCCCAUAAGAGAGGGCAGAAAUGAAUUGUGGAAAGAGCGGGGGAAACGGGCGGAAUCGGACCACUAAUUGGGCCUACAGGUGUGAACCCUAAGAAAGUUAUUUUAUUAGGAAAAGAGAAGACCUAUUGGUCUAUUUACAAAGCCUUGGAUUGAGAUAAUGUGGACGGACAUAAAGUACCAGCCAACCAGCUCCUAACUGUAAUUUUUCAAGCCUUGGAUGGAGAUAAUGUGGACAAAGAUGAAGUACCAGCCAACCAGCUCCUAACUGUCAUUUUUCAAACCCAGCCUCUGACAUGAGCUGAUUGUCUGGCACUUUAUUUCCAUCCAAGGCUUAGUAAAUAGACCCUUUAGUACAGGGGAUAUAUAAUACGGGAACCUCUUUAAUUCUCCUGCUGCAGCAUUUCAGUGCUUUGUCUCCUGUUGCAUUGAACGUUCCGGCUGGAUGACGGUCUGCCCAUUCACUCCUCUAUAUAAGCACGAGAAAACACUGAGAAUCUGAAUGCAUUUCAAACUUUCCUUCCCUCUCCCGGUAGGAGAAGUGACUGAUGAUCAGGUGCUGGUUGGUGAAUAGUUAAUAAACGUCAGUCGCUUCGGAACACUCUAGUUUCCUAGUUGAGGGCAGGGUGAUAUUGUGAGAAUGUUUAAUUACUGUGUGCUCUUUAUAGAGUAUCAGGGUAUAUCACAGUCGGCAAUGAACAGAGUAUAUGCACCAAAGGUUUUUUACCAAACAAGUGAGACACCUGCGGGUAUAUUUACUAAAAGUCGAUUUUAAUCAAUGUUAGAUCGAUUUUAAUUGAUGUUGGGCUUCCAAGAUUAAAACACACAUUUACUAACAUUUAAGAAUUAAUAGAAAAAAACCAUCUGCUAGUAAAUGUGUGUUUUAACCCUGGAAGACCAACAUCGAUUAAAAUGUAUUUAAAAAUCGAUCUAACAUCGAACUACAGUAAAGCAAACAAAAUCGACCUUUAGUAAAUAUACCCCCAGAUUACUUGUAAAGUAUAUGAUACAUAAGAUGAAGGUAAAAAACCUUAGCGCUUACUCUUGAGGGAUAUUGAUUCCAGAUUACUGGAACUGAUGUAUCUCCCUUAAUAAGCCACACUCAAAUUUUUUGGUAUGAAUAAAAAGGGGAAGGUAUAAUUUUAUUGAACAUACAGAUAAUAAGCAUAAAUUGUGGCACAGUACACAGCUUAGUCCAUAGGAUAUAAAUACAUUAUUUAAAAAGUUUUAAAAGUGCAAAAAGUGACAUAUGGUAGGUUACUCCUGGCUCAUACUGUUUGUGGCUGGUGGUGUGUGCUUAAGAUAGAUAGAAUCCAUGUGUAGGCAAGUUCAGCCACACACCACUUGGCUUUGUCCAAGGUAGAUGCUAGAACCAAAUGGGCUAAAAGACAUCUGACAUCAGUGGGAGGAGCCACAUCACCAGGGGGAGGAGCUAGGCCGGCGGGAUAGUUCUUUCACUAUCCACACCACCAACUACUCCCUUUAGUAACCCGGUGGUGAGCGGAGUCACACCGUCAGUAACCCGCUGAGAAAACCGUCACUACGUAGCUUGGCUAGCUUGCUUCUGUUUAUUAAGUUAAAAGGGGAGUAUACAUCGCCCACAGCUACAAAUCAGAUUGUAGCCAUCAUUUAUCUAAUACAUUACAUAAAAUGGCAGCUAGAAUCUGAUUGGAUGCUGUGGACAACUUCCCCCACAUUUCCCUCCUGUGCAUUCACAGGAGGGAAAUGUUACCAGUGGAGUACCCCAGGGAUCUGUACUUGGACCAGUGCUUUUUCAUAUCUUUAUUGGUGACCUUGCAAAUGGCAUUAAAGGGAAAGUAUGCCUUUUUGCAGAUGACACAAAGGUAUGCAACAGGGUAGACACACCAGGAGGGGUAAAACAAAUGAUUGAUCAAUGGUAGACACGAGGAAUGGUCAAGAGUGUGGCAAUUACAGUUUAAUGCCCAAAAAUGCAAAAUCAUGCACUUGGGUCUCAAAAAUCCAAAGGCUUAAUAUAGUAUUAAUGGCACUAUACUGGAAACUGCUGAGGAGGAAAGGGAUCUAGGAGUCACUAUUUCAGGUGAUGUAAAGGCAGGUAAGCAUGCCUCCCAACAUGACCCUCUCCAGGAGGGACAAAAUGCUCUACUUCUGGAAUUUCCUCUUAAUUUAUGAUUGCUGGCCCCUUAGUUGAACAGAUUAAUAGAGAAGAAAGGUGUUUCACCACAGGUGAUGGCAUUCAUACAUUAACAGGGAAGUCCAAGAACAGAGCAUUCUGUCCCUCAUGGAGAGGGCCGUGUUGGGAGGUAUGGAUAAGCAACGUAACAAAGCAAUGAGGAAGGCUAGUCAGAUGCUUGGUUGCGUAAGGAGAGGAAUCAGCAGCAGAAAGAAAGAAGUAAUAAUGCCACUGUAUAGGUCAGAGGUUCCCAAACGCGAGAAAGGCACCCCAACAGUCCAGGAUUUAGGUAUAUCCAUGGCUUAGCACAGAUGGUUAAAUCAAAUUGACUGAGCUGCUAAUUAAGUCACCUGUGGCCAAGCAUGGAUAUAUUUAAAACCUGGACCGUUGGGGUGCCUUGAGGACCGCGUUUGGGAACCUCUGGUAUAGGUCAUUGGUGCGGCCUCAUCUAGAAUACUGUGUUCAGUUCUGGAGGCCAUAUCUUCAAAAGGAUAUAAAUACAUUAGAGAUUGUACAAAGGAGGGCAACUAAAAUGGUGUAUGGCCUACAUCACAAAACAUACCCAGAAAGACUAAGAAAUCUCACUAUGUAUAGUUUGGAGCAGAGAAGGGAAAGGGGGGACAUGAUAGAAACUUUCAAAUAUAUCAAGGGUUUUAAGAAAGUCCAGGAGGGAAACAUUCUCCAAAUGAAGAGAAGCAAUAGGACACGAGGACAUGCACUGAGACUGGAGGGGGGGAGGUUCAGGGGAAAUUUGGGGAAAAAUGACUACACAGAAAGGGUGGUGGACAAGUGGAAUAGUCUCCCAUCAGAGGUGGUAGAGGCUAAGACAGUAGAGCAAUUUAAACAUGCAUGGGAUAGACAUAAGGAGAUCCUUACAAAGAAAUAAGGAUCAAAUAAGGUUUGAGAUAAAAAAAAAUAUGGUAAAAGAGAAUGGCAGACUAGAUGGGUCAAGCGGUUCUUGUCUGUCGUCACAUUCUAUGUUUCUAUGUCCUCUCUCAAAGGUUUAGUAUAUCUCACCCUAACUUCCCUAACAUACAUGCAUACAUAAAUACAUACAUACACACUUAUUAAUUGUAGGAAGCCAAUUAACAUACCAAUGUGUAUUUGGAGUGUGGGAGGUAACUCACGGGAAGGACAUACAAACUCCACACAUACAAACCAUGACUGGCACUUGAACCUCAAUGACCUCAAUGCCUUUGAGGCAGUAAUGCUAACCACUACACCACCGGGAAUUCUUUAGUUGUAGUCCCGGUCAAGUUUUGGGGUAAAAUUGGUAUGCCAGUAGGAAUUUAUGUAUUCAUCGAACUACUCACUAGUACACUGCUCCUUGGCCCUUGCAUUUGGCUAUCAGGGUGCCUGGUAUGUCACCCUACAGCCAACUUCGCUGUUCAGAGCUACCCAGUCCCUCAUUUGGUUGCUCAGAGGACACAUCCCUCAGCUUUUCCAGCCACCCAGAGCGUCCCAAUACACUAGAUUUCAGGGGGAAAUUUCAAAUGAAAAAUAUAAAGUACAAUGGUAACAUAAUGGCUAACACAGACUUUUCAUUGGUGCUAAUCCACUUUCUUUCAUAGGGGGAGGAUGGGAAUUCAAUUACCGGCGAAGAGUGAAAAUUGCUGUUACUGCGGUGUGUUAAUGCCGACAAUGGCAGCCCUUCUCGUACCCUUUGCCUGGCCGAUUCGCAUCUCGAUUUGAAUAGGAUGGCUCGCUACCCUAUGGGGUGGCAAACACUUUUGUGCAAGUUCCUGCUGUGUAAAGUGCGGCAGCUGCUCAUAUUCAGACGGGCAAAGGCAUUCGCCGCUAAAUUGAAUCCCCCCUUAAUCUCAAAUACUAUAUAAAUGUUUGGUACAGUACAGUAUAUGCUUUAUACACAUAAUGAUUGUACAAUCAAAUAUCUUACAUACAUGAUUCCUUCCUUAGUAUAAACUACAAACUAGAUUGUACAAUAAAUAAUAUGGUUUGAUUACAUAUUCUGCAACAACACCUGGUGGUCAUAAGUGGUACUACAGCUUUAUUUUUUUCAUUGUGUAAAAAUUAUCUGGCUUUUCUUGUUGUAAACCAGGGGUGGGCAAUCUGUGGCACUCUAUCUGCUGUGGAACUACACAUCCCAGCAUGCUCUGCUGCAGUUUUGCUAUUAGGGCAUGCCAAAACUGUGUCAGGACAUGCUGCGAUGUGUAGUUCCACAAUAGCUGGAGUGCCAGAGGUUGUCUACCCCUGUUGUAAACUAUCCGCAGUGCUAAUAAACAAUUUUCUGUAAGUUACACUAAGGAAUGCAGGUGACUAAUUGGAUGAUACAAGAUACAUCACUGUUUUGUUAUUUACAUCAUGUUAAGAAACGACUUCAAUUUACAGCAAAUGCAAUUAAAAGUGUUGCCUUCAGGAUCAGGAAUUUUUUUAUUUCGAUUUGCAAUUUUCAGUCUUUAACAAUUUAUUAAAAGAUUGGUUCUUUUUACUAAAUAA